AUGAAAAGAUACAUCGGCACUAGUGUAAAUAUAAACGGCUUCCUUAAAUAUAAAACGCUCUCGUGCACCUCGAGUCUGACUGUCGCGUCUUUUUUUAGAUUUCAGCUAACGAAUAACGCAAAGUGCCCACUGAGCAGUGUCUUUGUGAUACGCGCGCGUACAACAGUGCGCAUAGAGUUUAAAACAAGUGUGAACGUGUAUGUAACCAAGAUGAUACCGUGUUUCAUU